AUGUCGAAUUCAGAAAAACAUAUAGUUAUAAUUGGCGGUUCAUUCGCUGGUAUCACUGCUGCUAAAACCAUUUUUGGCCAUAAGAACAAGUCAAUUCGUGUUACAUUAAUAUCACCAUCUACACAUGCAUAUUAUACUGUGGCCACUCCUCGUUUAAUUACGGAGCCAGAAAAAAUUGAACAAACUAUUUUCCCUAUAGAAGAAACUUUAAAGAAACAUUCUGAAGGUAUUAGCUAUAAGUUUAUUCAUGGAAAAGUUGAGAUUGCCGAUUUUGAUAAGAACUUGUUAACUGUUGAAGGUGCUGACGGAAAGCUGACUGUUGAAUACGAUUUCUUGGUUGUAGCAUCAGGCUGCAGGACAGAUAAUGCUGCAUUUAGGUUGUUAGGGGACCAUAAGGAUACGGUUGAUUCGAUCAAGAAAUUAAAUAAAUCUACCAAAAGUGCUAAGAAGAUUAUUAUAUUAGGAGGUGGGGCGACUGGUGUAGAAACAGCAGGUGAAUUGGGUUCGCUUUACGGUAAGGAAAAGGAUAUUAUUUUGUAUACCGGUCUGGUUGGUCCUCUUGCACCUUUGGGCGAAAGCAAAUCUAAAGCUGCCACUAACAAAUUGACUGCAUUAGGAGUCAAAGUUAUCAAUAAUAAAAGGUCUACCAGUUUUGACGAAAAUGGUACUCGUUCCAAGGUUAUAUUCAAAGAUGGUUCAUCCGAUGAUGCUGAUGUCGUUAUACCAGCUUAUGGUGUAACUCCUAAUUCGGAAUUUUUAGACAAAAAAUUCCUUGAUAACAAUGGAUACUUGAAGACCGACAAAUACUUCCGUGUUGAGGGCCAUAACAAUGUAUUAGGGUUAGGUGACAUUCUUUCGAUCGGUGAAAAUACCCUUGUGAACUUAAGCUAUGUCCAAAAAGCGACUUUUGAAUCGGUUGUUGACCUUGAAUUCUUUGGUAAUAAGAAUUCCAAGCUCAAGCCUUAUUCACCAAUAAAGACGACUAUAUUAGUUCCUAUUUCAAGAAAUGGUGGUAUUGGUUUAAUGUUUGGCUGGAGUGCACCAAAUUUCCUAGUCAAAUUUUUAAAAGCCAAGGAUUUUAUGAUUCCUAAAGCUAGUGAAGGUUUAGCUUGA